AUGUCAGAAUUCGUACGUACUGAGACUGCUCGUGAGGGCAGACAGCAUCAGGUAUAUUCCCCUGAGACCGGAGCUCGUCUUGUCGCUGGCUGUGUUUGUCUUAAUGCGAACAAGACAGAAGUCCUUAUGAUUCAAUCUUCAGCCCACAAGAAGAAAUGGGUACUUCCAAAAGGGGGUGUCGAAAGUGAUGAGGCCGACUAUAAGGAUACGGCUAGAAGAGAAACUUGGGAAGAGGCCGGAGUUGAGGGAGAAAUUGUCAAGAGCCUUGGUGCGAUUGAAGACAUGAGACCACCAAAGGACUGGAACAAGGAUAGAAAGGCUUUCGAAGAAGCUACAAAUGACUCGGUGGUAAGUAAACAUCCACCAAGAUCUGAGUUCCAUUUUUACGAAAUGGAUGUAACUUCCGUGGUCGAUGAAUAUCCAGAAAAACACAAGAGGAACAGAAAGUGGUUUAGCUAUAAAGACGCCAAGGAAGAACUACUGAAAGCGAAGAGACCAGAACUUUUAGAAGCUCUGAAUAGAUCUAGUAUAAUCAAAGAUUGA